CUUUUUUUCAUUUUGUUUGUGAUGGCGCUCGUCAGGGAAGAAUGAAGGAGAGUCUGAAAUAGUGGCUGCCUGUCGUCGGAUAUUUCGACUCCAGUUCGACAGCACAAUCUGUCAAAAUUGUGAUAACAUCCGGCACAUUUUGCACCCAUCGAGUUAUUUUCGUUGGUUGAACGCAUUUGGCUAAAGGUUUACACUCGAUGUAUCCGUCAUGGGGUCGGUAUGGUGGGGGAGGGGCGCACCUUCCAUACUAUGGCGGGGCUGCUCAGCCGCCGCUCCUUCCUGCGCCGCGUGUACCGGCCCCGGGGCUUGUUGUUGGUCCCACCACCGUACCCCCGCCGGUCCCUACUACCGGUUUAACGUCCAACUUCCAGACACUAAGGGAGCAGCAUCUCCAGCAGAUGCAGCAGUUGCAGCAAAUGCACCAGCAGCAGUUGCAGUCAGUCCUGCAGUAUCCUGCCCAUCAGCACCAACCACCACCGUCAAUACCACCGCCACCUUUACCACCUCAUCUGCAACAACCUCCACCGAACAUUUGGGACACCAGCAAUGCCCCGAGCCAACUCACCCAGACUAGCCAAUCCACUCAACAACAUCCAGAUUACUCCGCCGUGGCUUUACAGUCAACUUCAGCAAGCAUUGUGGCAGCAUCUGGUGACAAAAAGGCUAAUGAUUACUCCAAAGCAAUAAAUGGCUCUUAUCAACAGCAACAGCAACAAUAUUGGUAUCAUGGAGGCAAACAGUAUGGAGGUCAGCAGGAACAGAGUCUGAGUGCAGAAAUGAACCAGAUCAGUGAUUCUGCACAGCAGAAACCUGGAGAGGCCAAGGGCUGUUAUACUACACAGCCACCGUUGCCACCAGCUCCACCUUAUGAGGCAUCCAAAACACAGCCACCGCCUCCACCUCCUAAAGAGGAGAUGCCUCCACCUCCGCCACCUGAAGAAGCAAAGCCUACUAUCCAACCUCCAGAAAAUCCAGAGGAAGCAGAGAGAUUGAAGAUGCUACAGGCAGCGGCCGCCCAGUGGCAACAACAGCGUAUCGAGUAUCAGCAGCAAAGCAUGAUGCAACAACAUAAUCAACUUCAACAACUGCUGCAACAGUACCAGCAGAUAAUGCAGCAGAUCCAACAUGUACAGUCUCUACCUCUAGAAAUGCAGCUGAGACAUUUGGAGAUGCAGCAGCAGCAGUUCAUCCCUCUAUAUCAAGAAUGGCAGCGCCAGUUUCAGAUUUGGAAGGCUCAGCUACAAGCCUAUCCUAACAAGGAUCAACUCCAACAGUACGAAAUACAGUGGAACCAAUGGCAAGAGCAAAUGGUAUCAACGAAUCAUCACUUUCAAGAAAGAAUGGAUGCUCUCAGGAAUGUUCAACAACAGUACAUGAACAAUCAAUCCCAGAAUUACUUGGGAAAUGCAUCAAGAGGAUUGCCCUCUCAGACUCUACCAAUGCCUCCAGUGCCACCCAUGGGAAUGCCCCCUACGCCACCAUUAACUGGUUCUUCUACACAAGGUGCAACAAGUUCACCUGUAGUCUCAGUUCCUUCAGAAGAAAAGAGUCCACCAAUUUCCCAGAGUUCUUCAUCUGUGUCUCAGGCCCCUCCAUUGAUUUCUCAGGCCCCUCCAUUGGUGUCUCCAGCCCCUCCUUCCAUGUCUCAAGCCCCCCCAUCUGUGACUCAGGUGCCUCCACCAGCAACUCGGAUGCCUCCACCAAUGGUUGGAGUCCCUCCUCUAAUGUCAGGUGCACCACCUCCAAUGACUCUGCCACCCCCAUUAAUGACUCUGCCACCUCCACCAAUGACUCUGCCACCUCCACCAGUGUCUCUAGCCCCUCCACCAAUGACUCUAGCCCCACCACCAAUUUCUCAAGCCCCACCACCAGUGUCUCAGGUCCCUCCAUCAAUAACUCAGACCUUUCCACCAGUGUCACAGCCUCCUCCACCAAUGACUUGGGCUCCCCCAUCAAUGACUCAGACCACUGCACCAGUUUCACAGGGUCCUACCCCAUUAUCUCAAAGUUCACCUGUUGUCACAGAACCGAAGAAACCCUUGAUUCCAACACCACAUGAUGAAAUGAAGGUGUCUCCUUCAGUUUCAACAUCACAAUAUAAUCGAUUUGGGCAAUAUGGGACAAUGCCAUCAGACCAAUCACAAAGUGGACUACGAUUUGAAGAUCUCGGAGCACCAAGGUUUGAUGGGCCUCAUGGAAGAGGAAAACGCAAAUUUGAUGAACCAGGAGUGAGAGACCUUUCUCGAUCACGCUUUGAUUCAAGAGGCCCCACAUUUCAAGGUCAUUGCUUUGAAGGACCCCAAGCAAAGUUUGAAGGGCAGACUGUGGGCCAGCAUGGCGAGGGUGCUGGACAGCACAUUGAGAAAGAGGCUGCAACGCAUCAUAUUGAAAGUGAAAUUAGAGGUUCAACUGUUGAAGAUUCGACUCAGCAGCCGCAAAAUGAGGAAAAAGCUCCAGGACAUCAACCUGAAGAUAAAGCAUUGAGUCAGGUUGCUGAAAAUGAAUUUCAAACACAGGAUCCAAGUAGUCGUCUUGAAAAACAAGGUUUGCUUAAGCGUCCUGAGGAGCAGGGUUCUGGAAAUCAACUUGAGAAGAUAGAUAACACCAAGGAGCAGGUUCCUGACAAAAUGCUGGAUAAUUUCCUUCAGAAAAAGGGAAGUUCCCUCGAGGUACAAGGCCCUAUUAAUUGCCAGGAAAAGCAUGGUCCUGGUAAUGAACUUAAGAAGCAAGGCAAUAGCUUUGAGGGUCAUAGUCCCAGUCGUUGCUUUGAAAUGCAGGGUGCCAGUAACCACAUUGAAAACCAAAAUACUGGUAUUCUCUUUGAGACCCAGGGUCCUAGUAAGAGCAUUGAGGCCCAGGAUGCCAGCAAACAACUUGAAGGGCAAAUUGCAAGUAGUAAUAUCAAGAGUGAGAGCCCCGGCAGUCAUCCGGAGGGUUCAGGUCCUGGCAGUUGUCCUGAGAGUUCAGUUCCCAGCAGUAGCUCUGAAGGUCAUGGUCCUGGCCAGCGUUUUAAGGGGCACGGGCCCAGGGGUCGCUUUAGAGGCCAUGGAUCUGGCAAUCGUGUUGACGGCCAUGGUCCUUACGGUCGCUAUGAGGGCCAGGGUCAGGGCAGCAGCUUCGAUGGUCUGGGUCCUGGUGGCCAUUUUAAGGGCCCAGGUGUGAGCAACCGCUUUGAGAGCCAAGGUCCAGGUGGCCGCUUUGAAGGCACAGGUCAAGGUGGAUGCUUUGAGGGUCCAAACAGCCGCUUUGAUGGCCAGGGACAAAGAAACUAUUUUGACAGCCAGGGACCGAGGGGCCAUUUUGAAGGUCCAAGUGGCCGAUUUGAGGGACCGGGCAGCCAUUUUGAAGGCCAAGGUCAAAGAGGCAAUUUUGAGAGCCAAGAUCCCGGAGGUCACUUUGAGGGUCCGGGAGGCCGUUUUGACAUUCCGGGUCCAGGAGGCCGUUUCGACGGUCCGGGUACGGGAGGCCGCUUCGACGGUCCCGGUACGGGAGGCCGCUUCGACGGUCCCGGUACGGGAGGCCGCUUCGACGGUCCAGGUCCAGGAGGCCGCUUUGACGGUCCAGGUCCGGGAGGCUGUUUCGACGGUCCGGGAGGCCGCUUCGACGGUCCAGGGGGCCGCUUUGACGGGCCGGGUCCAGGGGGUCGCUUUGACGGGCCGGGUCCGGGCGGUCGCUUUGACGGGCCGGGUCCGGGCGGUCGCUUUGACGGGCCAGGUCCAGGGAGUCGCUUUGACGGACCGGGUCCAGGGGGCCGCUUUGAUGGGCCGGGUCCAAGGAACCGCUUCGAGGGGGCAGGUCCAUGGGGCCGCUUUGAGGGCCCAGGUCCAAGAGACCACUACGAAAGCCACGGUCCAGGAGGUCAUUGUGAAAGUCACAGUAUGGGAGGUCCGUUUGAGGGUCUGGGUGAUGGCAGCUGCUUUGAAGGCCAAGGUCAAGAAGGCCACUUUGAGGGCCAGCUUCAGGGAGGUCGCUUUGACCGCCAGGGGCGAGGUGCCCACUUUGAGAGUCAGGGGCGUGGCGGCCGUUUUGACCGCCAGGGGCGUGGUGGACACUUUGACGGCCAGAGCCGUGGCGGGCACUUUGAGGGCCAGAGUCGAGGCGGCCGCUUUGAGGGCCAGGGUCGAGGCGGGCACUUUGAGGGCCAGGGUCGAGGAGGGCACUUUGAGGGCCAAGGUCGAGGUGGGCGCUUUGAGGGCCAGGGUCGAGGUGGGCACUUCGAGGGCCAGAGCAGAAGCGGGCGCUUCGAAGGCCAGGGGCGAGGUGGGCAUUUCGAGGGUCAGGGACGUGGCAGUCGUUUCAAGAAUCAGGGACGGGGUGGUCAUUUUGAGGGACAGGGUCCAGUCAGCAGAUUUGAGGACCAGGGAACUGUCAAUCAAUUUGAGGACCAGGGCCCUGGUGGUCGCUUUGGGGGCCAAGGUCGAGGUAAAUAUUUUGAGGACCAGAGUCCUAAUAACUGCUUUGAGAGUCAAGGACGAGGCCCAGGUAAUCGCUUUGAGUAUGAAGGUUCAGGAAUUAAUCGAUUUGAUGGUCCAGAGGAUAGUCGCUUUGAUGGCCCAAGAGGUGGAUGCUUUGAUGGCUCAGGAGGAAAUUUUUUUGAGGGCCCUGGUGUUGGGAAUUUUGAGAACUUAGGUGGCAGUCGCUUUGAAGGGCAGGGUAAAGGCAGUCACUUUGAGAAACAGGGCCCAGGGCAUCGUUUUGAAGGCCAGAGUUCUGGGCCACAUUUUGAGGGACCAGGCAUAGUACACCGAUUUGAUAGACAGGUUCCAGGACAGCGAGUUGAGGGUUCAGCUGGGAGAUUUCAAGGCCCUGGUCCUCGGUUUGAUGGACCAAAGGGACCAAGAUUCAGUGGUCCUCGUGGACCUUCUCCUAGUGGAUCCUCUGUGCCUAGCUCAAGAUGCAAAGGUUCUCAAGUUGCAGCUGGGCAAAUUGGACAAGAUUUAAAGUCAUCUUCAGAGCAAGUUCAGGAACAAGUAAAACCUGUUGGAGACAAGAACAUAGAGACUACAGAAGAUAAGGAUGUGAAACAAAACCUAGAUACUGUACCACAGGCUUUAGUGAAGCCAGUAGAUGAAAAGAUUCCAGCCCAUGCAACCUUAUCUGCCACAGACCCUAAAGAUUCAGAUACUUCAGUUGGCAAAGAUUUGUUGAAAAAAAGUGCUGACUUAUCUAAAUCACAUGAAAUUCAAAAAAAAAUGGACGGUUCUGAAGCAGCAACUCCUUCAGUAACUGUUCCUCAGGUUCAAAGCGAUCCAGCUAAGAUGCUGCCUUCAAAUGCAUCAGGUCCUGCAAAGGCAACAUCUGAAAAACACGAGCCAAAAACAUUAGAAACAGGUAAAAGAUUUGAAUCUGCACCAGUGCGUCGGAAUAAUGACCAAGAAAAAGGCCCAGAACACAAGCCACAGAUGGGCAAGGAUUUUAUCUCUAUGCGUAAGGGCGAUGGUCCCAGUAACAUUGAUGGUACGGAGAUGAGACCAUAUCAGAGGACAGAAAUGCAAGCCUCUUGGCAUCAUGAAGAAAGGAGACAGAUGGAUGAUCGUUUCUCUGGCCCUAGAGGAGCUCCAGAUUAUGAUAGAGAGAGAACUUUAUCUUGGGAAAGGAAUAAUUGGACAGAUACAGGUCCAGACUUCUGGGAUGAGCGCGAUACAUUUAGGAGAGAUGAACGGUCACUUCUUCGUCGGCCCCCUCUGACUCAGGAAGUUUUAAAUAGAAGGGAAAAUCGUGGUCCUCCAAAUGAAUCUUUUGACAGAGGCUUUGACCAAGAGUUUGACAGGAGUGGAAGGUCUCACGAACAUGGUUUUAACAGAGACAAUGAACGGAACAGAGACUACUUCCACAGACCAGAGGAAUGGGAUCAUCACGGUCAUGGACGAGAAUUCUCUCCUCUACAUCUACGAGCAGACAGGUGGAGGGAAGAACAGUGGAGGAAGGAACCUGAAAGAGGUUAUCAUCAGGACCAGGAAAGGGAGUUGUGGGGUCGGGACUAUCCAGAAAGACAAGACUGGAGGAGAGAUGAACGAAAUUAUCCUCCAGACAGGUUUGGCUGGCAGAGAGAACGGAUUGAUGACAGAAGAUACCCGGAAACAGACAACAGGAGGCUACCCUUUGACAAUCUGCCACCCCAGACUGGUCCUGGUCAUGUGUCCACUUUACCUGAAAAACCACCACUGUCUUUCUCUGAUAAAUCUAUGGUGGAUCAAUCACCAGAUGGCCAAAAUAUUGUAGCAUUGUCUGAACGAGAGCAUGAAAUCAUCUUGAAAGCUGCACAGGAAUUGAAGUUAUUACGUGAGUUACAGGAGAUUGGCAAAACAGAUUCCACUGGAAUGCCUCCAGUAAUUCAAGAUUACCAAAACUCUAAAACUGGUAAAGACUUUUACAAGGAUAUGACAAAAACCGAAAACUCAUUACUUGGACCUGGACCAUCUGCUGCUCCUAUCCAGUCAGAGCGUUGGGAUACAGAUACAUUCCAUGGCUUAUGGGAUUCUGUGUCUCAACCUAAAAAUCCCGAUUCUAAUUAUGGUUACAGUGAGCCUUCAUCUAUCUCGACUGCUCCUCUAAACAAGGCACCACCAAUUCAGAAAACAGUUGAUUAUGGACAUGGACGUGAUUCAGGACCACCAGGAAGGAUUGAACAGAUCCCUUAUGGUGAACGAGUUUCACUUGGCCCUGAGCCAGUACGGGAAAGGAUGUAUGAUAAAGAUGUACUAGGCCCUCGAGAUCGUUUCGGAGACAGAGAUUCGUUUUUAGAACGAAGGGGAGAUCCUUAUUUGGAUCGCAGAGAUUUUGAUAGAGAGCAUGAUCCAUACAGGGAUAGAUCGAUGGGCGAUUUUGAAAGGGAAGGAUUUGAUCGUGAAAGAUUUGGGCGUGAAGAAAGAAUGCCUCAUGGUCCACCUGGUAGAUCAAGUGGAUAUCACAACUAUCAGGACAAUAAAGACCCUUUCAACCGAGGGGGAUUUGAAAGGCCACAAUUUGAUCGCUUAACUGAUCGACCACCAUUUGAUCAUACACCGACUGGUUUUGGAGGUGAAAGAAGAGGAUAUUCUGAUGAGAGGAUACCUGCCUCAGCCCCUCAUCCAGCACAUCCUCCUCCACGUGUUGAAAAAAAACCAGAAAGCAAAAAUGUUGACGAUAUUCUAAAAAUGCCUGGCAGACAAAGUCGCCCUGAUAGGAUUGUAGUUAUUAUGCGAGGACUCCCUGGCAGUGGGAAGACACAUGUUGCAAAACUCAUUCGUGAUAAGGAGGUAGACAAUGGAGGAGCUGCACCACGGGUUCUCAGCUUGGAUGAUUACUUCAUGACCGAAGUGGAGAAAGUGGUGAAGGAUCCAGACAGUGGCAAACGAAUUAAAAAGAAGGUUCUGGAGUACGAAUAUGAGCCAGAAAUGGAAGAUACGUACAGAAGCAGCAUGUUUAAAACAUUCCGUAAAACACUGGACGAUGGCUUUUUCCCCUUCAUCAUUGUGGAUGCCAUUAAUAACAGAGUCAAGCAUUUUGAACAGUUAUGGAGUGCAGCCAAAACUAAAGGCUUUGAGGUUUACAUUGCAGAAGUGAGUGCUGAUAAUCAAACCUGUGCGAAAAGGAACAUUCAUGGACGCAAAUUGAAGGAAAUCAAUAAGAUGGCUGAUCAUUGGGAUUCAACUCCACGACAUAUGUUACGAUUAGACAUUAGAUCACUGCUCCAAGAUGCUGCAAUUGAAGAAGUUGAAAUGGAAGAUUUCGAUCCCAGUGCUGAGCAACAGUCACAGCAGUCGGAAGAACAACAACGAGAUGAAUCUAAAAAGGAAGCUGCUGAUGAAGAGGAGUAUGAAACGGGUUUCCUGACAAAAAGCAAAUGGGAAAUGGACACAUCAGAAGAGAAUCUAGACAAGCUGGAUGGUUUGAGGAGCAGCAACAAACGGAAGCGAGGUUGGCAUGACAGUAUUGCACACCAAUUAGAAGAUUACCUUCAGCUUCCUGAUGACUAUAACUCUCGCUCAUCAGAACCUGGAAAGAAGCGGGUGAGAUGGGCAGAUUUGGAAGAGGAGAAGGAUGCUGAGCGCAAACGAGCCAUAGGAUUUGUGGUUGGACAAACAGACUGGGAGAAAAUUACAGAUGAAAAAGGCGAAUUAGCACAGCGAGCAUUGAACCGAACUAAAUAUUUCUAAAGAAACGUUCAAAUUGUGAUUUUUUACAAUGAGGCUCCGCAGUAACAGUGGAGGAUAACAGCAAGAAAUCUUUCGUAAUGGUUGGGCAGACAAGAAUUUUGCGACUUUAGAGUUUUUUGUUUUAUUGUUACAGUCAACGUACGAGCAUUAGACUAUUGGUGGUUAACUUAUCUUAGCAGCCUGUGAGAAAUUUUUUAAAAACUUAGUUGAUAGUGUCAUUAAAAUCUAAGUUGAAACCACACUAAUUGCAAUCCAGUGUGUCCUGGGCCUGCUAUCAUGGCUUUGCUUCAUCAGCUCGAUUUUUUUAUAUGUUGUAUUAAUGUACUGUUUCUUGCUCUGUCCAAACCAAUUGUAAUUUUAAGGAGCAAUAAAGCUUACUUGAAACCAUGGAACAGUUCAAGUGUCAACACAGCAUGGGUAUUCCAACAUACGUGUGUUUAUUAAGUGUUCAGUUUUUCUGUUUUCAGUUUGAAAUUUCAUGCCAGAAUUUUGAUUUAGGUCACUGAAUUCUCUUGCCAAAGAAGCACCCCAAUUUUGUUAACACUUGGAAGAAGUUGUAGGUAGUGAGCCAUUUCUGUUGGUGCAUGGGGAAAGUGUGUGCUGUUCAUUGAUGCCACAUGCCUGGGUUGCGCACAGUUCCAAUGCCAGUUAAAAGAAUAGUUUGUGCAAAAUGAACUGAGACUACCAUGGGUACCAAAAUGGAGAAUAUUGUCUUAAUAUAACUACAGAUUAUUUUGUGCUCUGCUGUAGACAUUCCCCAUUUACUCACAGAAUGCAGCUGUGUAAAAGGGGUAUGACUGAGAGUGAAAAGUUGUAGAUCAACUACAUAUUAAAAAUUGUGCAAUAUUAAUUCAGAAUUAAAUCUUAAAAUUGUAUAGAUUUGUUAGAAUUUCUAAAGCAUUUUGAAUUCUGUUUUGGAAGAUAGUAUUCCAAAAUUAUAUUUUUUGCAAAAGAGGAAAACAUGACAUUCCAUAUGGUUUUCCGUUACUGAUGAAAUAUAUAAUCAUUUCAAAUCUACAGAAACCAGCUUCUUUAUGUCAAUUACAUUCAAAACACAUUAAUUAUUGAUUUCAAUGUUGCUGUAAAACAAUUAGAUUUUUGUACCUGUGAUAGUAAAUUAUAUAGUACUGAAUAAUUCUACUAUCGAAGCUAGCUAUAAACAACCAACGUAAUAAUUUACAUUUUUAAAUGGUGUUGCACUGCUGGAGAAAAGAGAUUUCUGUUAUGUAAGUGUUUCGCAGUAACUAGAAAAUACCUUGAGUAUUGAUUCAACAUAUUUGACAAUAUUACUUUCACACAAUUUGGUAAAUAUUGAAAAUGAGUAUAUAUGGAACUUAAAUAUCACCAUCAUAUUUUGUUAAAAUCAGAUGUGGAUAAGAACUUCAUUUAAAACACUCCUUUAUGUUCAGUAUUUUUGGAAUUUAAUUGGUUUCUGUUGAAAAUGAUCAUACUAUCUACAAAUUAUGUUUGUACCUCCUUAUUGAAGAAUUACUGCUUUUGGCCUUCUGUGGCUUGCUUUCUCUGACCUGGAACCAGGAUAGAUUUCUAACAGAACUUGCAUUAUUACAAGUUGACCAAAUCAUCAUUCACCAUCUGUUUCGUCUGUACUUUGUGAAUAUUGAAUUUUCAUUUGCAGUAAUUGAUUUCCUUAUAUUCUUAGUUUACUUAGUAAAUAAAUAUCCGAAGAACCAUCCAUACACCGAUGGGAAGUAUUCUUCAUUGGGAAAUUUAGUUUUGUUAUCAUAUAUGAAUUAGCCAAUGUGUUCAUUUUUGCUUCAAAUGUAUUUUGUGACCUAAAGUAGAAGUGCAUCAUUAGGAUUAUGCAGAACAUGUCCUCAUGGAAUGUGAAACAAUGUUGAAAGACCUGCAUGUAGUAAUGAAAUAAUAUCGUACACCUCUAGCAAGUUUUGUUAAGUGUUCACUGAGCAGUUAUAACAGCAUGAACUCUUGAGUUGCAAUUCAUUAUUAUAACACAAGCUGAACUGAGCAAAUGUUUUAUUAUUCUUUGAUGGCAAAGCUACCAUAAAAAUGCCCAUCUCCUAAUUGCUGCUAUGAAGAUGAUAGGCAUUUUCUUAUUUUUUUUCUUCUGUGCUGCUGGGUUUUGAGGUCUGGAACUUUUGAAGAUGCAGAGAUGAUAUAUAUACCACUCGGUAUUUGGCAUAGAGAAGAACUUGCAGUCAAUGAACUUUCAGUAUGCCUACUGCUAAUUUAUUUACAGUCUCAUUGGCAUUGCUUCACCUUCCCUGAAUGCCAUAUCAUCCUAUUUAAGGGAACAAUUAAAAUACUCAGUGGCUCCUUUAUUAGGUACAUCUGCUUGUUAAUGGAAAUAUCUAAUCAGCAGCAACUCAAUACGUAAAAACAUGGUCAAGAGGUUCAGUUAAUUUUCAGAACAAAAAUCGGAAUGGCAAAAAAUGUGAUCUAAGUGACUGACCGUGGAGUGAUUGUUGGUACCAUUUAGGGUGGUUUGACUAUCUUAGAAACUGCUGGUCUCCUGAGAUUUUCACUCACAAGUUUACAGAGAAUGGCGUGAAAAGCAAAAGAAAAACAUCCAGUGUCACUUCUUUGGGUGAUGACGCCUUGUUAAUGAGAGAAGUCAGAGAAGAAUGGCCAGACUGGUUUAAGCUGACAGGAAGGCAACAGUAACUUAAAUAAGCACGCAUUACAACAGUGGUGUGCAGAAGAGCAUCUUUGAACAUACAUUGUGUCAAACCUUGAAGUGGAAGGGCUACAGCAGCAGAAGACCACACCAGAUUCCACUCGUGUACCGAAUAAAGAAGUCACUGAGUGUAUGUUCUAACAAAUUGGUUUUGUGAGUCACAACUGGAAGAGAAGCAAAAGAAUCUCUCAUUGGACUGAAUUUGACUGUAUGAUUUUGACUGAGAACUUAAUGUAGUGUUUUAUCCAAGAAGGCAAAUGUAAAAGAUUGCUGCAAUACAUUAUCACUAAGUAUUUUUAAAUAAUUUGGCCUUUCGAUUAUGGGAAGAAUAGAUUGUUUAAAUUUUUUGUCUAAUUGGAAUAAUAAGGGUUUAAUUGAUGCUUCAUACUACAUGACACAAUUAAUUUAAUUCCUUUAUAACAGUUACAACUCAGCAGUGGACCUGCUAUAGUUGCUAUUUUUGCUUCUAAUUAAAUCAUUUGGAAAAAGUUGCUUGUAAAUAAUUUUCAUGGAUUAUAUUUGCAUUUGUGCCAUGAUAAGUAACUGAGGGAAGACAUUAAUCAUUACUAAGAUUUUGUAGAUCAAGAAGUAUGUUUUCUAAGAAAAGCUUCCAGAUUUCUAUAUUGCAUCAUAGCAAAAUGAACCUUCUUGUGCACUAGUAGAGCUAAAGAAAUAAGUGGAAGUACAAAAUCUGUUGGCAGUCUUCUGUUCAUUUUUGCUGUCAUUUUUCACUUUUGCUAUAAUGUUGCUGAGUUUUUCCACUUGUGCUCACUUGAAAGAUUGAUCAUAAAAUUAAAGCAAACUACCCUACUGGCCAUUAAUUUAAAAAAUCUACUUGCAGUAGAUUUGCAGCAUAUUGAUCAGAAUUUGAGUAUAAAUAGUUCUGUAAUGAUCAAUAGCCAGCCAAAAUUUACAAGCUUUAAAUGAUUGUGUUAGUGACUUUGAAAAAUCGGCAAUUGCAACACAUAGGAAAGAGAUUUUGAAGAUAUCCUCAAGAGAAAUUUCCUGGAAUCAGAUUCUUAACAAAAACUGGUGAUACAGUCUAAUAAUAGAUUUGUUAUUUUUCCUCCCACCAUCUUUUAAAGUAUGUCAAGUGUGUAUCCUCGAAAUGUUCAGUAUUUUAUAAGAUCAGAUGCUUUUCAAUGAAUAAAUAUUUAAUGGUAAUGCAGUUUGAA